CGAGCAGCAGCCGUCUCGCAAACUGCAGGUUUUCGGGACUCGCGACCGCAGCGUGAGACAGAGCCCAACGGUCUCCCCUGCCAGGCCCUGCCCGUGCGGGCCCCCCGGGCAGAGCUGCACCUGCACGGCCUCGGGGGCGGCAGCAGCGAUAGCUGCCGAGACCGGGCGCAGGCAGCGGGUUCGCCCUCUCCGAGCCAGUGACGAUGCCCGCGGUGCAGAAAACCGUGUCCGAGAUCCGCUCCAGAGCGGAGGGCUACGGGAAGACAGAUGAUGUUUCAGAGAAAACUUCACUCGCUGAUCAAGAGGAAGUGAGAACUGUAUUCAUCAAUCAGCCCCAGUUGACCAAAUUCUGCAAUAAUCAUGUCAGCACUGCAAAAUACAAUAUAAUCACAUUCCUGCCAAGGUUUCUUUAUUCCCAGUUCAGAAGGGCUGCUAAUGCAUUUUUUCUUUUUAUUGCAUUACUUCAGCAAAUUCCAGAUGUGUCGCCAACGGGUCGUUAUACAACAUUGGUUCCUCUGUUAUUUAUUUUAGCUGUAGCAGCAGUCAAAGAAAUCAUAGAAGAUCUUAAAAGACAUAAAGCUGAUAAUGCAGUGAACAAGAAACAAACACAAGUACUGAGAAAUGGUGCUUGGGAGAUUGUCCAUUGGGAAAAGGUAGAUGUUGGAGAUAUAGUUGUAAUAAAAGGCAAAGAGUAUAUACCUGCUGACACUGUACUUCUCUCAUCAAGUGAGCCACAAGCCAUGUGCUACAUUGAAACAUCAAAUUUAGAUGGUGAAACAAACCUAAAAAUUCGACAGGGUUUGCCAUUGACAGCGGAUAUAAAAGACAUAGACAGUUUGAUGAUACUUUUGGGCAGAAUUGAAUGUGAAAGCCCAAAUCGACAUCUCUAUGAUUUUGUUGGAAAUAUCAGACUAGAUGGGCAUGGUACUGUUCCACUGGGACCUGACCAAAUUCUUUUACGAGGCGCUCAACUAAGAAAUACCCAGUGGGUUCAUGGAAUAGUUGUCUAUACUGGACAUGAUACAAAACUCAUGCAGAAUUCAACAAGCCCGCCUCUUAAACUGUCCAAUGUGGAACGAAUUACAAAUAUUCAGAUCUUGAUUUUGUUCUGCAUUCUUAUGGCCAUGUCUUUAAUCUGUUCUAUUGGUUCAGCUAUAUGGAAUCGAAGGCAUGGCCAAAGGGACUGGUAUCUCAAUCUAAACUAUGGUGGAGCUAACAAUUUUGGACUGAAUUUCUUGACCUUUAUCAUUCUCUUCAAUAAUCUCAUUCCAAUCAGUUUGUUGGUUACACUAGAAGUUGUUAAAUUUAUCCAGGCAUAUUUCAUAAAUUGGGAUAUAGACAUGCACUACGAACCUACAGACACUGCCUCCAUGGCUCGUACAUCCAAUCUCAAUGAAGAACUUGGCCAGGUCAAAUACAUAUUUUCUGACAAAACUGGUACCCUGACUUGCAAUGUAAUGCAAUUUAAGAAGUGCACCAUAGCAGGAAUUGCUUACGGCCAUUGUCCCGAGCCUGAGGAUUAUAGUAGUUCUUCAGAUGAUUGUCAGGGCUCACAGACUGGAGAAGAGAAACCAUUUAGUGAUCCAUCACUGCUGGAGAAUCUCCAAAGCAAUCAUCCAACUGCACCUAUAAUUUGCGAGUUUCUAACAAUGAUGGCAGUGUGUCAUACAGCUGUUCCAGAAAGAGAAGGUGAUAAGAUUAUAUAUCAAGCAGCAUCUCCAGAUGAAGGAGCAUUGGUCAGAGCAGCCAAACAACUUCGUUUUGUAUUCACUGGAAGGACACCUGACUCGGUAAUUAUAGACUCUCUUGGCCAUGAGGAAAGAUAUGAAUUGCUAAAUGUGCUGGAAUUUACAAGCACUAGGAAAAGAAUGUCUGUGAUUGUUCGCACACCAACAGGGAAAUUAAGACUCUACUGUAAAGGAGCUGACACAGUUAUUUAUGACCGUCUGGCCGAGAGUUCCAAAUACAAAGAAAUUACUUUAAAACAUUUAGAGCAGUUUGCUACAGAAGGUUUAAGAACUCUCUGUUUUGCUGUUACUGAGAUAUCAGAAAGCGAAUAUCAAGAGUGGCUAGAUGUCUAUCAUCGAGCGUCAACAUCUGUACAAAACAGAGCACUGAAGCUUGAGGAGAGUUAUGAACUAGUUGAAAAAAAUCUUCAACUGCUCGGAGCUACAGCCAUUGAAGACAAGCUGCAAGACAAAGUGCCUGAAACCAUAGAAACUCUAAUGAAAGCAGACAUCAAAAUUUGGAUUCUUACUGGGGACAAACAAGAGACUGCUAUUAACAUUGGUCACUCAUGUAAACUUUUGAAAAAGAACAUGGGACUCAUUGUUAUCAAUGAAGGGUCUCUUGAUGGAACAAGAGAGACCCUAAGUCAUCAUUGCAGUACUCUUGGUGAUGCUUUGAGGAAGGAAAAUGACUUUGCUCUUAUAAUUGAUGGUAAAACACUGAAGUAUGCCUUAACAUUUGGAGUAAGACAGUAUUUCCUGGAUUUGGCUUUGUCAUGUAAAGCUGUUAUUUGUUGCAGGGUGUCUCCUCUUCAGAAAUCUGAAGUAGUAGAAAUGGUAAAAAAACAGGUUAAAGUAGUAACACUGGCUAUUGGUGAUGGAGCAAAUGAUGUUAGUAUGAUACAGACUGCACAUGUUGGCGUUGGUAUUAGUGGAAAUGAAGGGCUACAGGCAGCUAAUUCUUCGGAUUACUCCAUAGCACAGUUCAGAUAUCUGACGAACUUGUUGUUGGUUCAUGGUGCUUGGAACUACAGCAGAAUAGCUAAAUGCAUCUUGUACUGUUUCUACAAGAAUAUAGUCCUUUAUAUUAUUGAGAUCUGGUUUGCUUUUGUUAACGGCUUUUCUGGACAAAUUCUUUUUGAAAGAUGGUGUAUAGGUCUUUACAAUGUGAUAUUUACAGCUAUGCCACCACUGACUCUCGGAAUAUUUGAGAGAUCCUGCCGAAAGGAAAAUAUGUUGAAAUAUCCAGAAUUAUACAAGACUUCUCAAAAUGCCCUGGACUUUAACACAAAGGUUUUCUGGGUUCAUUGUUUAAAUGGCCUCUUCCACUCAGUUAUUCUGUUUUGGUUUCCACUAAAAGCCUUCCACUAUGGUACUGUAUUUGGCAAUGGUAAAACUUCAGACUACCUGCUCUUGGGAAACAUUGUUUACACUUUUGUAGUGAUAACAGUGUGUUUAAAAGCUGGAUUAGAGACUUCAUAUUGGACCUUGUUUAGCCAUAUAGCAAUAUGGGGAAGCAUUGCACUUUGGGUAGUGUUUUUUGGAGUCUACUCGUCCUUGUGGCCUGUCAUUCCUAUGGCACCUGACAUGUCCGGGGAGGCAGUUAUGUUGUUCAGCUCUGGAGUCUUUUGGAUGGGUCUGUUAUGUAUUCCUGUGACAGCUUUGCUUUUUGAUGUCGUAUACAAAGUAAUCAAGAGAGCUACUUUUAAGACACUGGUAGAUGAAGUACAGGAGUUGGAAGCAAAAUCUCAAGAUCCAGGGGCAGUUGUGCAUGGCAAGAGCUUAACUGAAAGAGCUCAACUACUGAAGAAUGUCUUUAAGAAGAGUCCUGUGAACUUGUACCGCUCUGAAUCUCUGCAGCAGAACUUGCUUCAUGGCUAUGCGUUCUCUCAAGAUGAAAAUGGAAUAGUUUCCCAAUCUGAAGUAAUAAGAGCUUAUGAUACCACAAAACAAAGACCUGAUGAAUGGUGAAGGAAUACAGCUUGCAACAGAGAGCCUUUAGAAUUACUUAAGUAAGACAAACUACUAGAUCUUUGCUAGGGUCUGCUAGCAGGAUCCAGUCACAAAGAUUACAGGAAGAUCCAUGAUGAUCUUGUUUCAUAAAGAUUGGAUUAGUGUAUUCAAUAGACAUAAGCACUGUGCAACUCUACUGUAACACACUCUCUCUUUACAUUUUUCACAAGUAUUUGCUUUGUCUUUGUAAACAGGGGUUGAAAAUUACCUUGUGUUUUGCCAGAUCACUUAUUUACGAGGCUGAAUCAGUAUUGUUCAUAUAGCAUAUUACUUGGAGCGUCAUUAAUGGUCAGAUUACCACUAUACAUAAAUUAUUAACAUUUGUGCAGGUUCAUAAGUGGCUAUACAUUUAAAGUACAGUUGAUAACAAGCCUUUGAUUUCAACAAGUGCUGACUAACCAACAUUUUAAUGGUGUUAACUCACUUUAUUAAGCAAGAUUUCAAACCAAGGUGUUUGUGUCAAACUAGCCUAAAAAAUAUGUUUGCCAAAGAAGUUCCAUAAUUGCAGUUCUCAAGAAUCUCCAAUAGUCAUUUGCAGAGAAAUUUAAAAGGAAAUUAAUUUAAAGUCCUGAUGUCAGAAAUGCAUGCUUGAUUCUCCAUACUUGAUAAAAAUACAGCAUAAUGAGCCUAACUGGAGUUGCCUUUAUGGUACUUGCUUUCAGAUCUGUGAAACUUUGCAUCUUCGGUCUGAUACAAGCUUUGUAUUUUUUAUUGUUUAAUACGGCUGCCACUUUUUAGUAUGGUGCUCUUAUUUCCAAGUUUUGUUCAAAUUACAAACAAAAUGAAAAUUGCUGUCUUACCUUUCUUCAUCAUAAUUUUAGCCAUUUUUGCAAUGCUUGUGCUUUAUAUGCGCAUCUGGUCACAAUUUGAUCAGAAAAGUUUGUCCUAAUUCAUAAAGACAGAUUAGCUAUUUAUGGGCUUUUAUUCUAAAGUUAUCUAGAACAUGACUUGUUAAAGCAAUGUAUGCCUUUUAGCUCUGUGUGGUGUGUACUCUUCCAUUUGCACCAGAGUCACCUCCUACUAUGCACUCAAAUAUACUGAAGUAGUUCUUUACAGCUUAUUUGUCACUAGCAAACCUCCAUACUUUCAGCUUUUAACAAAAAUGGAGGGAAAAUGCACAAAAGAAAACAAAAUUUUCCACAAUUUGCUCAACUCAGCAGUGUAAAAGUUACACUUCUCACCAAGAGUACACUGUAAUUAGAAAUUUUAAAAAAUUAAUUACAUUUAGUCUGUCUCCGCCCAAUAUUAAAUGAUGGCCUAACUUCAGAUGUUACGUUUAUUUGUGACAAUGGCACAAUCAGAGUCCAAUUUAACUUU